AUGUCGUCUUCCUUUACCGACUUUUUCGACCAAGGCGACUCUCCAUCUGCCGAUUUCACUCACUCCUUCGACGAUGGUUAUAUCGUCUCAGACCCAUCUCAGCAAUUCGACUCGUUUUCGAACGUCACGGAAUCGGAGCCGGCUGCCGACGCCUCAUCUCCUCCGCCAAUUUACGUCUCCACAGGCGCAUUCUCCUCCGAUCCGCAUGAUUUCUCGGCGGAAUCGAAUGAUAAUGGUCCAAUUCUGCGGCCACCGGCGGAAAUGGAACCUGAUGAGGGUUAUGCUCUCAGAGAAUGGAGAAGACAAAAUGCUAUUCGACAAGAGGAGAAGGAGAAAAGAGAGAAGGAUUUAUUGGGCCAGAUUAUUGACGAAGCCGAUGAGUACAAAGUUGAAUAUUAUAAAAAGAGGCAGGAUACAUGUGCAACCAACAUAGCCAGCAACCGGGAAAAGGAGAAGGUAUUUGUGGCAAAUCAAGAAAAAUUCCAUGCAGAGGCUGACAAGAAUUACUGGAAAGCAAUUGCGGAGCUAAUUCCGAAUGAAGUCCCAAAAAUAGACAAGAAAGGGAAGAAGAAGGAGAAGCAGCCUUCGGUGGUUGUGGUCCAAGGGCCGAAGCCUGGCAAACCAACUGAUUUAGCAAGAAUGCGACAGAUACUUGUAAAGCUUAAGCAUAAUGCACCUCCCCAUCUGAAACCUUCUCUGCCAGCAGCACCUGCAACCACCAAAGCUGAUACAACUCUUGUUCCAGAGUCUACUUCUGUGGCAGUCUCAGCUGAGCCGGUUGCAGUUGCAUGA